CCCCAGAGGAUCCCCCUCUUCCAACAGACGGAGCCCCGCCCCAGAGGGACCCCCAGGUCCGACAGGGACAUCCAGCCACGCCCCAGCGGGCUCCCAGCAUCUCUCGCCUGGAGCCCUGUGCUCCAGAAGAUUCUCGGUGCCCAGCUGGGGGCUCACCGCCCUGCUGAGGGGGCGCUGCCCAGGAGGGUCCCCCGCGCCCGGCGGGCCCGGGCAGGAUGCACGCCGCCCUGGCGGGGCCGCUGCUUGCCGCCCUCCUCGCCACCGCCCGAGCCCGCCCGCAACCCCCGGACGGAGGACAGUGCCGGCAGCCCGGAUCGCAAAGGGACCUGAACUCGUUCCUGUGGACUAUUCGGCGCCACCCCCCAGCGUACUUGUUUGGCACCAUCCACGUUCCCUACACCCGGGUCUGGGACUUCAUCCCUGCUAAUUCCAAAGCAGCCUUCCAGGCCAGCACCCGUGUCUACUUCGAGCUGGAUCUGACAGAUCCCUACACCAUCUCGGCACUGGCCAGCUGCCAGCUGCUGCCCCAUGGGGAGAACCUGCAGGAUGUGCUGCCCAGGGAGCUCUACUGGCGCCUGAAGCGCCACCUGGACUACGUGAAGCUGAUGAUGCCCUCCUGGAUGACGCCAGCGCAGCGAGGCAAAGGGUUGUAUGCUGACUACCUGUUCAAUGCCAUCGCUGGCAACUGGGAGCGCAAGAGGCCGGUGUGGGUGAUGCUCAUGGUGAACUCGCUCACAGAGACAGAUGUGCGCUCCAGAGGCGUGCCUGUGCUGGACCUCUACCUGGCCCAGCAGGCUGAGAAGAUGAAGAAGAGCACUGGGGCUGUGGAGCGGGUGGAGGAGCAGUGCCAUCCCCUCAAUGGGCUCAACUUCUCCCAGGUGCUGUUUGCCCUGAACCAGACUCUGCUGCAGCAUGAAAGUGUGCGGGCUGGGAGCCUGCAGGCACCCUACACCACAGAGGACCUCAUCAAACAUUACAACUGCGGGGACCUCAACGCAGUCAUCUUCAACCAUGACACGUCCCAGCUACCCAACUUCAUCAACACUACCCUCCCACCUCAUGAGCAGGUGACAGCCCAGGAGAUUGACAGCUACUUUCGCCAGGAGCUCAUCUACAAAAGGAAUGAGCGCAUGGGGAGAAGGGUCAUGGCACUGCUGCAGGAGAACCAGGACAAGAUCUGUUUCUUCGCCUUCGGAGCAGGUCAUUUUCUGGGGAACAACACUGUCAUUGACGUCCUAAGACAGGCUGGGCUGGAGGUGGACCACACACCUGCUGGGCAAGCAAUCCACAGUCCUGCUGCUGAGAGCCCAACUCCCCCUCCUGAGGGCACCUCUCCUGCCAGCCCAGCUCCAGCAACCCCAGCUGCGGCAGUCCCAGAAGCAACCUCGGCGACCCCCACCACCCCUCCUGAGGAGGAGGAUCCAGUCCUGUCCCCACAUCUCCUGCUCCCAGACAGCCUCAGCCAGCUGGAGGAGUUCGGAAGGCAGAAGUGGCGCAAGAGACUAAACAAACACCAGAGGCCGAGGCAGUUCAACGACCUGUGGGUCCGGAUUGAGGACAGCACCACUAUCUCCCCACCUCCGCUGCCUCUCCAGCCUACCCCCAGCUCCGGGACCACCAAGCCCUUGGUCAAGUCCUCACAUCAACUCCAGCAACAGGACCCCGAGGGGCCUACCAGCAGCUCAGCGCCUACACUGGGACUCCUCCCUGCCUUCGCUGCCACCAUUGUCGCCCCCUUCCUACUACACACCCUUGGGCCUUCCUGACCUCUGCCGUCCUUGCAGAAAAGCCAGAGAAACCACAGGAGUCUGUGGCCAUGCUCACCAUCUGACACCACCUCAGAGGGUGCUGCCACCUCAAGGCAGUUCACAGAGGACAGGGACCUUAGAACACUAGAGCUUUACUGUACCCAAGUUACAUCUUCUUUUUUGUAGAAGGUCUUAAUUUCCCAUAGUGCUAUGGGACUCUUUUGUAAAAAUAUGUGUCCAUAUUAAAAGAGAAAAUGUAUUUAUUCUAUCGAUAAAACUAUUUUUAUGUAGCCUAUGUUAUAGUCCCUAAAUUAGCCCCAACACCAACCCAGGGAAGGAGACCAGGUUCCCAUGACCUCUGUGACCUGUAUGGACUGUGGCUUUGAAUUGGCCUCAAGCCUUAGUCAGGCUUGGGUCUCCUACUAUAAGGUACUUCUGAGGGCAGGCAGAAAGGCAGCC